CGUAUAUAAGCAUCGGCAUUAUCAAUUCACGACCAAUACAUUGCCGGCAGUCAGAGCGCUCGCACAAUCUUAAAAAUCAAACUUGGAAUACUAUUUUUUUAGUUGUGUCAGUGGUUAGGUUGUUUGUAACUCCUGACGUCACAGGACUUAAACUUCAAGAUGAAGGUCCUAUUAUUAUGUUUGGCCUUUGCGGCUAUAAGUCUCGCUAUGCCAGUGGCUGAAGAGAAACCAGAUACCCCUGAAGCUUCAGCAACUGUUGCUUCACCUAAGGCUGAUGAAGUAACUGCUGCUGCUGCUGCUGCUGCCCCAGAAGAAAAGAAACCAGAAGCAGUAGAAGCAAAAGAUGAGACUAAAUCUUUAGAUGCUAAAGCUGAUAGUCCACCGGAAGAGCCGAAACCGGCGGAAGAUAAAUCUGCUGCUGCACCUGAAAAGAAAUCAGAGGAAAAAGCUUCGGAAGAUAAACCGGCACCAGCAGAAUCGGAAAAGAAAGACGCGGAUGUAGCUAAACCAGAAGAGAAACGUGAUGAACCUGAAUCUAAACCAACUGAGCAAGCAACUGUAAAACAGGUCACCGACAAUAAAGCUAAAUCUGCAGACGCUGCUGAUGUUUCAGCUGCAAUAAUUCCCACUCCAGAAAAGAAAAUUGAUUUGCCAGCUAAAAGCGCAGACCCUGUUCCACAAGAAAAGAAGGGAGACGCUCCCGCCACUCCAGUUGCUGCUGAUGCAGCUUCAGCGCCAGAAAACCCACCUGCAGAAGUAAAGUCUGAUGCUAAAACUGAUGAUUCCAAACCCGCAUCUGAAGCCAAGGCAGCUGACGCUGCUUCUACUCCAGUCGAUGACAAGCUUCGUGUUGUCCGUGACACAGUUGAUGAUAAACCUAAGGUAGAAGAGGCACCCAAAGCACCAAAGGAAGCCGAGGCCAAAGAAAAAGCUGAUGCUCCUAAAGACACAGAAACUUCAAAAGAAAAGUCUCCUGAAAAAGAAAACUCCAGUGAGCCUCCUAAAACUGAAGAGGCUAAAGAAAGCAAACCAGAAAAAACCAGCGAACCCUCCAAAGAUGCACCAGCCCCAGCGGAGCCUGCUGAACAGGCCGACGCCCCAAAACCUGAUGCUAAAUCUGAUGCCAAACCUGAAGACGUAACAGAGAAUGCCCGUGAAUCCAAAGACAGCUCCGAGGAAAGCAACGAAAGUGGUGAAAAGAAGGACGACACUGAUUCGAACUCGUCUGAAGAAAGCUCAGAGAAGCCAUAAAAUAAUAUGAAAUAGUAGCGCAAAGCGGCGGGCGUGUGUCGACGGCCCUCGACACGCGCCCCCCGCCUGUAGCAUCGCUGCCGCCUGUCGCCUGCUACCUGCGCCAACCCACGUGUAUGUGAUGCGUGCCCCAAGUGAGUGUGAGUGGUGACUGUGACAGUCGCACUGUCGCGUUCGCGUGAAUCAUUCCGACUGUUUACUAGAAGACCUAGAGACUUAUUUAAAUAGCCAAAUCGAAAAAUUACCUGCAUUGUAAUUAUUAUUUCUGAAAUUAAAUUAUCGAAUUUCCGGUAGGUACUAUAAGUAAUAAAAUAUGUUUUGUAAUAA